AUGUCGAAGUGGAUUAGCAAGCGAAAGGUGUCCAUCAUUAACCUGGCGAUGCCAUCGAAGCCGGUCGUAACGCAACCUACCAUCGGCGAGUUUGGGUUCGAGCAGCUGUUUCACUUCACGUUCAAGUGUUUUCGACUGUUUGCUCUAACACCGGGACAAAUGGUGAAGCAGAAGGAUCGGUACGUUGUGCGCAGUACUCGGUGGAUGAUUCUGAUCGUGUUGCUGCUGGUGCUGGCUGCCUGGAUUGCGCUGGUUGAAACGUUCUUCGUCGAAAGCAGAACGGCACUGAUCACGGGGAUCGCUAACCACAUCCAGUUUAUAAUGAACACGAUCGCACUGACGGCGGCGUGGGUUGUUCCACAGCUUAAACCGGAUGAGUUGAGCUCGAUUCUGGACGGAUUUUUAAUCAUCGAUCGUGAGCUAAGCAAUUACAACGUGCACGAUACGGCGGGAAGCAAACGAAUGCCAUUUCUUUUUCGUUUCGGAUCAGUUUUGCUGGCACUUUCAUCAUUCACAAUCUACGAUGGCUUUGUGUCGUUCGUAAAGCUUUCUACGAUCGAAGUUUGGUACUGGCUGUCACAUCAGAUACCGUUCGUAAUCUAUGCCAUGGCAUUCUUUCACGCGUAUGUGCUUAUCUCCUGGUUGCAUGCACGGUUCCGACGUCUCAACACUCUGGUGGAGCAGUACUAUCGACAGGGCCAAAUGUUUGCCUCGGAACGUCAAACCAUCAUCAGCUUUGCGACCCUGAUUAAGCUAGAUGAGGAAACGCCCGGGCACGAGGACAUACAUCCGGUGGGAAGGCGUGAAAUGUUCGACGACUUACAAAUUCUCGCAAUUGUAUCGCGUACAAUCGAUCUUGGACAGAAGAUUGAAGCUUACUUUGGACCUCUAUUUCUCACCGUCUACACAGCACUCUUCUCUGUGACCACCAUCCAAUCGUACUACUGUUAUCUGCAUCUUACUACUAAAGGCGCUGAAGGACUGUCCAUCGAGUCGCUGAUCCUUUCAGGAGGUAUCAUCCUGUUCAAUGGGAUCGCUAUUGUAGCCUUGCCGUAUAUUUGCGAACAGGUGGAAAGUGAGUCUAAGCUACUGAUGUCUUACCUUUCCAAAUUAUCCAUGAAACACGGCCAGGUCGCACAACAUUCCUCCAUCUGGUUCCCGAACCUCAUCUCAAGUGUCCGCUUUUCGGCACUCGGAUUCUUCACCAUAAACUACAACAUGUUAUCGGGGCUUGUUGCUGGCAUGGUGACCUAUCUGAUCAUCUUUAUCCAGUUCAACUCGAUGGUACCGGCCGAGAAGGGCGAUAUUCAUCAGACCCGCAAGCACAGUAUGCCCAACGAUUAA